CAUAAUCGUCAUCGUCAUUGCAGCUAUCAGAAGAAACGAAAACAAAAAAUAUCCUCAUUUCUUCUGUAAAACCUGCAAAACACUAAAAAUUCAGGACAUGAUCAUAUGAACAUCCCAAAAACACCAACAGUCCCGUUCCGUUUCCCUUCAACGACUCCAAUCACGCACAGAAAAGUCGCCGUGAUCGGCGCCGGCGCUGCUGGUCUUGUCGCCGCACGUGAGCUCCGAAGCGAAGGCCACAGCGUCGUCGUCUUCGAAAGAGAGAAACAAAUUGGAGGCACCUGGAUCUACAAUCCAAACACUGAGUCGGAUCCACUCGGUGUCGAGCCCACCCGAAACAUCAUCCACUCCAGUCUCUACGCUUCUCUCCGGACCAACCUUUCCCGAGAGGUAAUGGGCUUUCGGGAAUACCCGUUUGUGGCUGUGGACAAGGGUGACAGAGACCCGAGGAGGUUCCCGGGUCAUAGGGAGGUGUUGGAGUAUUUGAAUGACUUUAUGGGUGAGUUUGAGCUAGGUGGGUUGGUGAGAUUUGGGACUGAGGUGAAGCAUGUUGGGUUGAUGGAGGGUGGGAAGUGGAAGGUGAGGUCAAGGAAGAGAAGCGAUGGUGGUGAAGAUGAUGAUGAGGUAUAUGAUGCUGUGGUUGUGGUUAAUGGGCAUUAUACGGAGCCCCGGAUUGCCGAAAUUCCUGGCAUUGACAUGUGGCCAGGGAAGCAAAUUCACAGCCAUAACUAUCGUGUUCCUGAUCCAUUUCGAGAUCAAAUUGUGGUGCUGAUAGGGAGUUCUUCAAGCGCUGUUGACAUCUCUGUUGAAAUUGCUGGAGUUGCUAAAGAGGUCCACAUUUCAUCCAGAACAGCCAUGGAUGAAGCUUUCGGAAAGUUGCAUCGCUACAAUAAUAUUCAUCUUCAUUCUGUGAUAGAAAGUGUCCAGCAAGAUGGUACCGUAGUAUUCCGAGAUGAGAGUGCUGUCUGUGGUGACAUGAUUGUACACUGCACAGGAUACAAGUAUCAUUUCCCUUUCCUUAAAACCAAUGACAUUGUGACCGUGGAUGACAAUCGUGUGGGGCCACUGUACAAGCACAUUUUCCCGCCAGUCUUAGCGCCACUGCUUUCAUUUGUUGGGUUGCCAUGGAAGGUUGCCCCUUUCCCCCUGGUUGAAUUCCAGAGCAAGUGGAUAGCGGGAUCUUUGUCUGGUCGAAUUUCACUCCCAACACCAGAAGAGAUGAUGAAAGAUGUUGAAGCUUUUUAUGCAUCACUGGAAGCAUCUGGCAUUCCAAAACGAUACACUCAUAAAAUGGGGAAUUAUCAGUUCGAGUACAAUGAUUGGCUUGCUGCUGAGUGUGGAUGCCCACCCAGUGAAGAAUGGAGAAAGGAAAUGUAUCACGCGACCAGCAAGAACAAGAAGGCACGACCGGAGACUUACCGAGAUGAGUGGGAAGAUCAGCAUUUGGUGGAACAAGCUCAGAAAGAUUUCCAAAAAUUCUUAUCAAAAGCAGGUCAUAGCAGCUGUAUGUGACAAUAACCAAACACCCAUGCAUGAUAUGUUCUGUUUGAAAGAAACCAUUCAUGUAAUUUUAGCAAAAAAAUGUCUGCACCAGCCGGGAAUCGAACCCGGGUCUGUACCGUGGCAGGGUACUAUUCUACCANUA